AUGGCAUCUCCACGGGGUCGAAUCUUGGACCUUGUCAAGGCCCAAUGUCGGAUCUUUUCCUCCACCUUUAACCCGCAACGACUGCGGCUGGGAAAUAAAGUCUUACGACAGCGUCUGCGAGGACCUGCGCUCGCCUCAUGGUACCCCCGGAAUACCGUUUCUUUCCGCGAUUUGCAAGAUAUAUACAAGCCACUGGACCUUGAGACAUUCGACGAGGGUCAGGAUGAUAGAGAGGAGGCCAUACAAAUCGCCAAAUUGCGAGGGAAAGGACGACCCAAGAAGAAGCGAACUGCUGCAGAAUCACGCUCCCACAAAAAGAAGAAGUGA